AUGGCGAAUGUUGUGAAGGCCAGGUGUGCAGGUGUGUCCCGGUUACUAUCCUGGCGAUCCACGACGUUUCACCUGGACGCAGUAAGCCAGAAGAAUGACAGGCCGACGUCCGGGCCCAUCAGCAGGAGACUGAAGGACGAGGCGGACACGGUGAUCAUCGGGGGUGGGGUGGUCGGCACGGGGCUGGCCUACUGUCUGGCUAAGGCCGGACAGAAGGACGUGGUGCUGCUGGAGAAGACAGAGCUGACCGCUGGGUCAACAUGGCAUGCGGCUGGCCUCACCACGUACUACAACCCAGGCAUCAACAUGAAAAAAGUCCAUUGGGACAGCUUUAAUGUUUUCAAAGAGGUGGAGCGAGAAACGGGCAAGGACGUGGGCUUCCAUGGCCCUGGAACCAUCCGGCUGGCCUCCACUCCUGAGCGGGUGGACGAGUUCCGGUACCAGAUGCAGAGGCAGGGCUGGAACAAGGCUCCACAGUGGAUGCUGACACCGGAGGAAGUACACCAGAUGCACCCUCUUCUCAACAUGGAUAAGGUACUGAUGGGCCUACACAAUCCCGGGGACGGACACAUCGACCCCUACUCGCUCACCCAGGCUUAUGCCAUCGGUGCCCGGAUGUACGGGGCAGACAUUUACCAACAGGCUGGGGUGACUGGGAUGAGCAUGCGCAGUGAUGGCAGCUGGAACGUGGACACGCAACACGGCACCAUCCACACACAGAGGGUGGUCAAUGCUGCUGGUUUCUGGGCUCAUGAGAUCGGUCGGCUGUGCGGCCUGGAGCUGCCUCUCGUCACCGUGCAGCACAUGUACGUCGUGACGGGACCCAUCCCCGAGGUCCAGGCCAGGGAGACGGAACUGCCCGUCAUCCGGGACCUGGAGGGGUCCUACUACGCGCGACAGGAGCGGGACGGACUCAUCAUCGGUCCGUACGAGAGGGCAGAGCUGAUGAAGAUGCAGAACCACUGGGUGAGCGACGGGGUUCCUCCAGGUUUUGGAAAGGAGUUUUUCGACUCGGACCUGGACAGGAUCUCGGAGUACCUGGAGGCGGCCAUGGAGAUGAUUCCCGCGGUGCGAGACGCGGACAUCACCCGGGACGUGUGCGGGCCCAUCACCUGCACCCCGGACCACCUGCCGCUGGUCGGGCCGUUCAUGGCACCGGGGCUGCGCAACUACUGGCUGGCUGCGGGCGUCUUCGACGGAUUAAUACACAGUGGAGGUUUAGGAAAAUACCUCACUCACUGGAUCAUGAACGGGGAACCGCCAUACGACCUCAUAGAAACGGAUCCUAAUAGGUUUAGUGAGUCGUGGUGCAACAGGAACUUCGUUGCGACGAGAUGUAGAGAAUCAUUUGGGUUCAACAACAUCAUCAUCUGGCCGAAGGAAGAACGUCCCGCCGGGCGACCGACGACACGUGUGAGCGGCAUCUACCAGGCUCUCCUGGACAAGCGCGCAGAAAUGGGCUUCCACUCGGGUUGGGAGCAGCCCAACUGGUUUGCUAAAGAAGGUGACACCCCCGGCUACCGUCCCAGCUUCAGACGCACCAACUGGUUCUAUCCGGUCGGGAGGGAGUGCGAACUGGUUCUAUCCAAGGCUGGGGUCAUUGACCUGACACCGUUCGGAAAGUUUGAAGUCGGCGGUCCGGAUGCGGCCAGGUUGCUGGACUACUUGUUCGCGAACAAUUUACCCCAGCAGGUUGGGAGAACGCGUGUCAGCCACAUGUUGACCCCCUGUGGGGGCGUCUAUGCGGAGAUGACGGUAACCAGACUUGGAGAGGACCAAUUCUUCCUCGUCACGGGUUCAGGCUCCGAGCUGCAUGAUCUCAGAUGGAUAGAGGACCAUGCAUGGAAGUGCGGCUACGACGUCGUCAUUACCAACGUCACUGACGACAUGGGCGUGCUCGGUAUCGCAGGUCCUCGGUCCAGGAGGGUCCUGGCAAAACUGACCUCACAUGACCUGAGCAAGGAGGGGUUCAAGUUCCUCAGCUGUCAACAGCUCAGUCUGGGUGGGGUUCACGUCAGAGCCGUUAGGAUAUCGUACACAGGUGAGCUGGGCUGGGAGUUGUACCAUGCCAGAGAGGACACAGCCCGGCUGUAUGAGGUCCUGAUGUCGGCAGGACAGGAGUUUGGGCUGGGUGACUUCGGCACCUACGCCAUGGGCUCCCUCAGGCUGGAGAAGGGCUUCAGGGGCUGGGGGGCUGAGAUGACAGUGGAUAACAAUCCUCUAGAAGCAGGUCUUGGUUCCUUCAUCAAAAUAAACAAGCCUACAGACUUCAUCGGUAAGGCGGCCUUGCAGCAGCUGCAGCAGGAGGGUCUGACCCGGAAGCUGGUGUGUCUGACUGUGGAGGUGGAGGAGGACGGUCCUGAUGCUGAGGGGAACGAGACCAUCUGGCACCAGGGGGAGGUGGUUGGGUUCACGACCUCCGGAGCGUACGGUUACCGGGUACAGGAGUCCCUAGCCUACGCCUACGUCCCGCCACAUCUCGCCCAACCGGGAACUGUGGUGCAGGUAGAGUUGCUAGGGAGCCGCCGCCCAGCAACGGUGCAGCAGGAGCCGCUAGAUCUAUUUGCAUAUGGUCAGUGGUCUCCAGACAGAAGCUGAUAGGGGACAGUAAAGUAAAAGAUUCCUGGAUCCGGACACGACCAGUUACGACCUCAAUUUAAUCAGGCCCAUCUCAUCACCAAGAGAUUAGAAGAAGUCAACCCUAUGUAU